AUGAUGCCCCUGCUUUUCUUCCCGUGCCCCCUGCACAAGUUAGCAUUCCCACCCUGGGACGGCACAGAGCUCCAGCACUACUCCACUCUACUCUACAGAGAUCCUACUCCACUCUACAGAAAUCCUAUUCUUCUCUGAUCUACCCAGCUCCUGUUGAUUAUAUCUGACGGUGUGUCUGCAAGAGGUACGGCUCAGGAUCACUGGUCUCCACCAACCUCUGUCCUCCGACCCAGCCCAUCUCCAAUCAUCCCACCAGGUCAUCACUCCUCUACGGCCCGGUCCCAUCUCCAAUCAUCCCACCAGGUCAUCACUCCUCUACGGCCCGGUCCCAUCUCCAAUCAUCCCACCAGGUCACCACACCUCUACGGCCCGGUCCCAUCUCCAAUCAUCCCACCAGGUCAUCACUCCUCUACGGCCCGGUCCCAUCUCCAAUCAUCCCACCAGGUCAUCACUCCUCUACGGCCCGGUCUCAUCUCCAAUCAUCCCACCAGGUCAUCACACCUCUACGGCCCGGUCCAAUCCACCCUCCACCAUUCCAUCAGUCUCUGAGGUGAAGACCCUUAUGGGAAGCAGCUAGGACCCUCUUCCUCAGUACUGACAGCCAUCACCAUCUGUAGCACGAAAAGGUGUGUGCCAGUGACCAGUGAGCAGUAGUGAUGGGGGACUGGAGUCUCCUAGGGAACUUCCUGGAGGAGGUUCAGGAACAUUCCACGUCAGUGGGGAAGGUGUGGCUCACCGUCCUCUUCAUCUUCAGGAUCCUGGUCCUGGGCACGGCCGCAGAGUCCUCCUGGGGAGACGAGCAGAGUGACUUCCUGUGCGACACCCAGCAGCCCGGUUGUACCAACGUCUGUUAUGACCAGGCGUUUCCUAUUGCACACAUCCGCUACUGGGUCCUACAGAUCAUCUUCGUGUCCACGCCAUCACUGAUCUACAUGGGCCACGCCAUGCACAUCGUGCGGAGGGAUGAGAAACGAAGGAGGAGGGAGCAGGAGAAGAGGGAGGAGAUGGAGGAGAGAGGAGAGGGGGGGUGCAUAUCAGAGGAGAAGGCAUACCUCCAGCAGAGGGAUUGUGGGAAGGUGCUGGAGGCGUCAGGGCAGGUUCGCCUGCGGGGAGCGCUGUUAUCUACAUACAUUCUGAGCAUUCUGAUCCGCACAGUGAUGGAGGUGACCUUCAUCGUGGUCCAAUACAUGAUCUAUGGAGUCUUCCUCAGGGCUCUGUACCAUUGCAAGGCCUGGCCCUGUCCCAACCCAGUCAACUGCUACAUGUCCAGGCCCACAGAGAAGAACGUGUUCAUCGUCUUCAUGCUGGUGGUGUCUGGUGUCUCCCUGCUCCUCUCUGUGGUUGAGCUCUACCACCUGGCCUACAGGCGUAUCAGGAAGUGCAAGCGUACCCACGCCGCCCUCAAGAACCGCACCCAUAAUGCUGUGGCCAUUGCCGUUACCAGGGACCCCGACACCCCGCCCCAUCACAACUCCCCGGGCUGCACCCCUCCCCCUGACUUCAGCCAGUGCCUGGAAUCGUCGGAUACGAUGAACCCCAUGAACCCCAUGACCUCCAUGCCUUCUCACCCCUUCAACAACAGGAUGGCACACCAGCAGAACUCCGUCAACAUGGCCACCGAGCGCCAUCAUUCCCAUGACGACCUGGAAGGGGAGGGAGGAUUCCUGAGAAUGAGCUAUACCCAGAUGCCAGGGGAGAUGCCCAACAGGUGCUCCGCGCCAACCCCGCUGCACGCCAGCUACCUGAAAGACAAACGCCGCUUCAGCAAGACCAGCGGUACCAGCAGCCGGGUCCGACCAGAUGACUUGGCCGUGUAGAACUAGACAGACAGUGAACGAGAGAGGGGCUAAGAAAGAGAGGAGGGAGCAGACAGGACUUUCAGACACAGCAGGAGAGAGGCCCUGCCUAGAGGAGAUUGGAGCAGGCUGGGUCUAUAGACCCAGAGACUGAACUGGAGCAGGUACUCUACCGGUCAAAUGUUUUAGAACACCUACUAAUUAAAGGGUUUAUUUUUAUUUUUACUAUUUUCUACAUU